GACUAGUAACCGGCCGAUUUUCAAUUAGUGACUAACCACCGAUUAGCGAUUAAAACCGUCGGUUAGCCGCUAACCAAAAACCGAAAUGCGACCCCUAUUGACGAUGGCUACCUUUGGCCUCCUUUUCUUUAAACCAGCUUUUCCCACAGAGUCAGAGUGACAGUCACGGGGACUGCGCCACCGCCACCCCACCAUCGACGGCCCCACCUCAGCAGCCACCAAUCCCAAAUUCAAUUGGUCGGUCACCUCCACAUUCUGCCGUGCCCCGCUGUCGCACUAUCCCUCCCAGCCCUCCCCUCCUCCUUCGCCCAUCUCUUCCCGCUGUCUACAGAAAAAGAGAGAAAACAAAGAAAAACCUUUCUCCCUAUCUUUUCAGAUUGAGCCACUGUUCCUCUGUACAAACUGACAAAUUUGUGGGUUCUAUAUACCUGUAUAAAGAAAACGGGAUACACGCCCUUACCUUCUACCGUCAGCCAGCGACACUGCGCUCCCCCUAUCCCCCUUUUUCUUCUCUCUGAAAAGAUCAAUACUUUGAUUAGUUUUCCUCCAAAUUUUGACGAUCCCGUAGAAUUUGUCUCCUUUACCUCCUCAUCUUCUGUUCAUUCUCGCCACUCCUCUUUGGGACCGUUGCUUGCUCUCUGCUUUCCCUUUCUUCUUGGGGGCUUAAAGUAAGAGGGGAGAUAAAAGGGCGAGGAAAGCGAGAGGCAAAAGAGACGAAACAGAGGCCUCGAUUUGUGAAUUGGGUCAUCAGCCGUUUGAGUUAAUUAAAUUGAACCCUUUUGUUACUUUCUAUCUAAUUCUCCACUGCUUUGAUUCUCGGGACUUCUCGUCGGCCGUAUACCUUUUUUGACUUUCUUUGUAGAAAUACGGAAGGUGGGGCUCUCUUCCACAAGACCCUGUUUCCUACUUUCCUGGGUUUUUCUGCUCCUCCACUUGUCCUCCGCUUUCAUUUCGACGGGUGUGUGCUGUGAUUAGUUUCUGGAGUUCAAGAGGGUUUUCAUUUCCUUCCCCUGCUUUCUCUGCGUGUGAAGGUUUCUGAGGUGAGUUCUUGUGUGGGUUUCCUUCUGAUGGACCUCAACUGCUUACUUUGGCAAAUUUUGUCGCUUUAGGUCACGAAUUGUCGAGGAAUUGGGGGCGGGUUUUCUGGGAUUUUUUGUUUGUUUGCGAAGUUUCCUGCUUGCCCUGUCCGUUUUCCCUUGGAUUCCGGCCUAUGAGCUGACAAAGUCAGCGACUUCAUUGGAAUCCGGUCACUGUAUGAACCCGCUGACUAGGGGGCUUUGCUUUGCUUCUAGGUUUUUGGGUAACAUGGGUGUCAGAGUUCGCCUUAACUUCUUGACUUUCCAUGGGGUGUUUGAGGGAAAUUGGGAAAUUUGUGCUCUUUUUUCCCUUGCUUUCGUUUCUCAGUUGUAUGUCCACUGACUGGACUCUUUGAUCUCUGGGUUCAUUCAUAUAUAGUGCAGUUGACUUGAAAUGCUGAGUUUUGGGAUAUGAACUUUUUCGACCUUGAGGGUUUUGGUUGCUUUUGCCUUCUGUUCUUGACGCUUAGGUUAUAAAGAUUUCAGUUUGUCUUCAUUUUCGGUUCAUUUGGUAAGUUUUUGUUCAUAGCUUAAAUUUGUUAUUACCACUGUUGCAGCACAAAUUAGGGCUUGGAUUAUGCAUAUUAGGUUCGUAUUAGUUCUCGUUCUUACCUUUGAGCGUCUCAUAGUUGUGCAAUAAAGUAGACUCUUGAAAUGGUGAUGGGAAUUUCAACUCCCUUUUAAGUUGUACUAGCUUAUCUGUAUUUAAAUAGAACUUGCUUUGUGUGCUAUGCCAGGUCUAAACUUCAGCCAGGUAAUGGAUUCUCCACAAUCUGUUGUUUCACCAUUCAAGAAUGCUGUAACCGCGGAGCCAGAGAAGCAGAAAACAACUGACCAUUCUGUGAGGACUGCAGUCAACAGCAUAACCAAGGAGGAUGUUCCCAGGAAGGCAACUAAUGGCCAUCUGGAGGACAACUUCAUUGGCAAGCUUGAGGUUUAUGUACAUCAGGCUAGGGACAUUCAUAACAUAUGCAUCUACCACAAACAAGAUGUUUAUGCCAAGAUUUGCCUCACCAGUGACCCUGAGAACACUGUCUCCACCAACACCAUAAAUGGUGGUGGCAGGAACCCGGUUUUCAACCAGAAUCUGCAGAUUAAUGUCAAGACGGUCGACUGCUCCCUUAAGUGCGAGGUAUUCAUGAUGAGUCGGGUGAGGAACUACCUCGAGGAUCAGUUGCUGGGGUUUGCUUUGGUGCCUUUGUCUGAAGUUGUUAUGAAGAAUGGGAAGUUGGAGAAAGAGUUCUCCCUUUCAUCCAAUGAUAUGUUCCAUUCACCUUCUGGAUAUGUUCAACUCUCACUCUCGUAUACUGGAGCUACUCCGGAGGUAAUGGCAAUUCCUGCUGCUGAUGGGGUGAUGAGGGACUCCGAGGUUCAGGAAUCACUCGAAUGUGAGCUUGACAAGCUCGAAUUCCCAGAUCCAAAUGUUGCAAAUGAAAACCAGAUGAUGGUUUCUGAGUAUUAUGGGACACCAUGUACUGAUCUGGACGAGUCCGAAACAUCUGAGAGCUUGGUCACUUGUGAUGCUGCUGACAACCAUACCAGUAAUGGUACAAGUGUUGCUAAUGGAGUGGAAAGUUACUCUGCUGCGACAGUGGGUUCUGCCCUAGCUACUAAUAAGCACGAUUCUCCUCCAAGCAGCGUGUCAGCAACAAAUGGAGCCGUCUCGUCUCCUUCAAAUGGUGCGAGCUCGGACAACUCCAAGACUCAGUCCGAAGAACACAACUCGGUUAGCAAAGAGGAUAAGGGCAUAGAUGCUGCAAAUGGGGAAACUGAUUCGUCGGCUGGAACUCCAAGAGAGGAAGUUACCAAGCCUGUUGUUACUCCGAACAUGGAGCCGGAGCAGUGUGUUGUGCAGCAAGACAUAGUUGACAUGUAUAUGAAGAGCAUGCAAGAAUUCACUGACUCCUCAGCUGGAACUCCAAGAAAGGAAGUUACCAAGCCUGUUGCUUCUCUGAACAUGGAGCCAGGGCAGGGUGUUGUGCAGCAAGACAUAGUUGACAUGUAUAUGAAGAGCAUGCAACAAUUCACCGAGUCAUUGGCAAAGAUGAAGCUUCCACUGGACAUCGAUAGCAGCGGACCAGCGAGUUCAGGAAGUUCAAACUCCGAGCAGCAGAAAACGCCCUCAUCAACUAAAGCAGGAUCCCGAGUGUUUUAUGGGAGCAGGGCUUUCUUCUGAGCUCUCCCUUAGUUACCUGCUAGUUUCAGAGUUCUGGGGGGAGAACACACAGGUGACAACAGUUUGACUUCCCUUCUCUACCAAUGGAGAGACUAAGUAUCUAAUAGUGAUGAACUGUAAUAAUUUUAUGAUGUAGUAGUGUGUGUUGUUUUUCUCCCUUUACCUUGGAUUCAUGUUGAGACUUGAGAUGUUUAGAGAUGACUGGGGAAAUCAUGACUUGUAUGCUGGUUUGGUUCUCAGCUUUGUUUCUAUUCCUGCUGUGUUUCCAGUUUGUAUACAUGCAAAAUUUCCCUUUUGCAAACUGUGUUGUAUUUGUCUGUUCUGCCCAUUUUCAAACCUUUGAAUUAUGGUGAAAUCAUAAUUUCAAACUAAUUAUAUGCUAAUGAUGGAUGCAAACUACACUGAUUAAAUGGUUAUUGGAUAUGGCCCCACUGUCACAUGGUGACUUGAGGUGCAGAAAAAAAGCCAGCAAAGCCAAAGCAUGUUCAUGAUUUUUGCUUUUAGCUGUCUUGCUCAAAUUUCCUCUUUUAUGGUCUGGUCUCUGAUUAUCUACCCAUCAACUGAAGAAAAGACUCGAUAAAAGGGGAGAGAGUUGGCUAUCAAUCAUCAUUCACCAGCAAGAUAAUCUUUAUUUUACAGAGUUGAGAUGACUGUCAGAUUUUGAACAAGUAUAAACAGUGGUCAUAAGA